UCCGAGUUCGGUCAGAGCGAGAAGGCACAAUUUGCGCACACUCAAAAGAGCACACACCACAGCAAAGCUCGCGGAGCAGUGUGAAAACACGAGAUAGGUUGGUGGUGAUGAACACAGACCGACGCUGAGCUCUAUUGUAUAUCUAUAGCGUCACAUCACCUCGAGCGCUGCGCGUGGACUGUCCUAGCUGCAGUAAUCGCUGCGUCUCUCCCUUUCACCCCAAAGAAACCUCACCGCAGCUGUCAGCCGAUUAGUGAGCCCUUCCAUCGCGUUUACCUUUUACAGUCGCCCGAAGCAGGAAUCGUCAGACCUCCUUUUGGCUCUCCUUUUCGACACCAUGGGGAAACAGAACAGCAAGCUGACCCCUGAGGUAAUGGAGGACCUGGUGAAGAACACAGAAUUUAAUGAACAUGAACUCAAACAGUGGUACAAAGGUUUCCUGAAGGACUGCCCCAGUGGCCGACUCAACCUGGACGAGUUCCAGCAGCUGUAUGUUAAGUUUUUCCCUUACGGUGAUGCAUCAAAGUUUGCUCAGCAUGCUUUCAGAACCUUCGACAAGAAUGGAGAUGGUACCAUCGACUUCAGAGAGUUCAUCUGUGCCCUGUCCAUCACAUCACGAGGCAGCUUUGAACAGAAACUCAACUGGGCUUUUAACAUGUAUGACCUGGAUGGAGACGGCAAAAUCACACGAGUUGAGAUGCUUGAGAUCAUUGAGGCAAUCUACAAGAUGGUGGGGACUGUUAUCAUGAUGAAGAUGAACGAGGACGGCCUGACGCCCGAACAGCGGGUUGACAAAAUCUUCAGUAAGAUGGAUAAGAACAACGACGACCAGAUCACAUUGGAAGAGUUCAAAGAGGCAGCAAAGAGCGACCCGUCCAUUGUAUUACUGCUGCAGUGUGACCUGCAAAAAUGAGCGUCUCGAAAAAAGAGCCAGGGACUGCACAAAUGAUUAAUGUUCCAUUCAGUUUGCAGCUAUUUCCACUGAUAAAAAAAUUGCUUGGACUACCUUUCAAUGAAUCCGCUUCCUGUGUUUGAAACACUUGUGUGCAUGAGAAUGUUCUUUGCUAACGAAUUUCACAUACGCACCCACACGGACACCCUCGCACACACAAAUACACUGACACACAAACAUAAAUGCAUACACACAUACAGACCAUGCCAUGCACAAAUAGAAUUAUAUGAAUAUUAAUAUACAUAUAUAUUGAGUUGUCUAAAUUAACUGCCAAAAUGUGAAGAGUGUGCAAAGUACCUUCCGAAUCCACUGGAGCUUGCGCAUCAUUGAUGUGCUGUAUUCAAUCGAGCUACUAUUUAUUGUACUGAUGCUAGCUAUGUGUACCAUAUACUGCGUAAUGUCAACCGAACCGAUUCUUAUGGUAAUCGUAACUGUUCCGGAUUUACCCACUCGUCUGGAUGGACAAAAAGAUAAGCUCGUGUCCAUCCGACUUUCCCCUUCAAAUGUGCUUGUACUGUUGGUGAAUAUAAAUGUAGUUUAUUUGCAUGCCAUUAGGUUUGCCUUAAGAGUACUUCCCUCAUUUGCAUCCCGCAUAAAGAAUGAUAACAAGCCUUAUUUAAAAGAAACAUUUGAGAUGUGAUUGGGGAAAGGCUGGUUUACUACACCUUCUGUGUGUAGCAUGUACAUCACAUGAGAGGGAUUCAAUGGCCGAAUGUAAUCCGUGAGAAGAGUUCAGCGACUAAGAGCGUACAUUCAUUCUCAUGGUCGAAAAAAUAUGGCGCAAAAAAAUUCCCAUAUUAAACCUACAAGCUGUGCAGUUUCAGAACGUCAUCACAUGUAAUAAAUUGCAUAUCAGUGUGGAGAUAUGUGGGGCCCGAGCAUGGAAUGAAUUUAUGAAAAUCAUUUUUAGGUUUAAAGUCAUAUACAGUGAUGAUUUUGCCUCAAAAAUGUACCCGUUCUUGACAGCUAAAAUGUUCAAGACUGUAUUUAUUCCUACUUUUUAUUACAUGCUGUUCUUAAAGGAGAACUCCAGCUGAGGGUUUUAAAGGUUGACCCUAAGGUUAUUACUUUUUAAAUCCAGACAUUUGCACCAACUGCACAUUUUGAGCACCGACUCGAUUUCUAAAUACGCACGUUUCUGUGCUCCAUUUGAAAGUACAUUCUGCCAGUGUCAAGAGCUUUACACAAGCAUAACCUUUGUCAUUGUAAUGUUUACCUACGUAGGCACCGCACCAAAUUCAUGCAAUGGCAAACUUUUCCAAUUUCAAAGUUAUUUUGUACAUGUAGCAUGUAUUGUGCCCCUGAUGCCAUGGCUGCACUACUCCUUGUGUUGUGGUUUAAACUAAUAAAAGAGUAUAUGGGAUUUUUUUCCUCAA